AUGGCGAUGCUCUGGGGCGUCCGGGGAGAGCAUCGCGACGCUCUGGGGCGUCCGGGGAGAGCAUCGCGACGCUCUGGGGCGUCCGGGGAGAGCAUCGCGACGCUCUGGGGCGGCUGGGGAGAGCAUCGCGACGCUCUGGGCGUCCUGGUAGAGCAUCACGACGCUCUGGGGCGUCCGGGGAGAGCAUCGCGACGCUCAGGGGCGUCCGGGGAGAGCAUCGCGAUGCUUGGGGCUUCCGGGGAGAGCAUCGCGACGCUCUGGGGCGUCCGGGAAGAGCAUAGCGACGCUCUGGGGCGUCCGGGGAGAGCAUCGCGACGCUCUGGGGCAUCCUGGGAGAGCAUCGGGACGCUCUGGGGCGUUCGGGGAGAGCAUCGCAACGCUCUGGGGCGUCCGGGGAGAGCAUCGCGACGCUCUGGGGCGUCCGGGGAGAGCAUCGCGACGCUCUGGGGCGGCUGGGGAGCAUCACGACGCUCUGGGGCGUCCGGGGCGUCCGGGGAGAGCAUCACGACGCUCUGGGGCGGCUGGGGAGAGCAUCGCAACGCUCUGGGGCGUCCGGGGAGAGCAUCGCGACGCUCUGGGGCGUCCGGGGAGAGCAUCGCGAUGCUCUGGGGCGUCUGGGGAGAGCAUCGCGAUGCUAUGGGGCGUCCGGGGAGAGCAUCGCGACGCUCUGGGGCGUCCGGGAGAGCAUGGCGAUGCUCUGGGGCGUCCGGGGAGAGCAUCGCGACGCUCUGGGGCGGCUGGGGAGAGCAUCGCGACGCUCUGGGCGUCCUGGUAGAGCAUCGCGACGCUCUGGGGCGUCCGGGAGAGCAUCGCGACGCUCAGGGGCGUCCGGGGAGAGCAUCGCGACGCUCUGGGGCUUCCGGGGAGAGCAUCGCGACGCUCUGGGGCGUCCGGGAAGAGCAUAGCGACGCUCUGGGGCGUCCGGGGAGAGCAUCGCGACGCUCUGGGGCAUCCUGGGAGAGCAUCGGACGCUCUGGGGCGUCCGGGGAGAGCAUCGCAACGCUCUGGGGCGUCCGGGGAGAGCAUCGCGACGCUCUGGGGCGUCCGGGGAGAGCAUCGCGACGCUCUGGGGCGGCUGGGGAGAGCAUCACGACGCUCUGGGGCGUCCGGGAGAGCAUCGCGACGCUCUGGGGCGUCCGGGGAGAGCAUCGCGACGCUCUGGGGCGUCCGGGGAGAGCAUCGCGACGCUCUGGGGCGUCCGGGGAGAGCAUCGCGACGCUCUGGGGCGUCCGGGGAGAGCAUCGCGACGCUCUGGGGCGUCCGGGGAGAGCAUCGCGACGCUCUGGGGCGUCCGGGGAGAGCAUCGCGACGCUCUGGGGCGUCCGGGAGAGCAUCGCGACGCUCUGGGGCGUCGGGGAGAGCAUAGCGACGCUCUGGGGCGUCCGGGAGAGCAUCGCGACGCUCUGGGGCGUCCGGGGAGAGCAUCGCGACGCUCUGGGGCGUCCGGGGAGAGCAUCGCGACGCUCUGGGGCGUCCGGGAGAGCAUCGCGACGCUCUGGGGCGUCCGGGGAGAGCAUCGCGACGCUCUGGGGCGUCCGGGGAGAGCAUCGCGACGCUCUGGGGCGUCCGGGGAGAGCAUCGCGACGCUCUGGGGCGUCCGGGGAGAGCAUCGCGACGCUCUGGGGCGUCGGGGAGAGCAUCGCGACGCUCUGGGGCGUCCGGGGAGAGCAUCGCGACGCUCUGGGGCGUCCGGGGAGAGCAUCGCGACGCUCUGGGGCGUCCGGGGAGAGCAUCGCGACGCUCUGGGGCGUCCGGGAGAGCAUCGCGACGCUCUGGGGCGUCCGGGGAGAGCAUCGCGACGCUCUGGGGCGUCCGGGGAGAGCAUCGCGACGCUCUGGGGCGUCCGGGGAGAGCAUCGCGACGCUCUGGGGCGUCCGGGGAGAGCAUCGCGACGCUCUGGGGCGUCCGGGAGAGCAUCGCGACGCUCUGGGGCGUCCGGGGAGAGCAUCGCGACGCUCUGGGGCGUCCGGGGAGAGCAUCGCGACGCUCUGGGGCGUCCGGGGAGAGCAUCGCGACGCUCUGGGGCGUCCGGGGAGAGCAUCGCGACGCUCUGGGGCGUCCGGGGAGAGCAUCGCGACGCUCUGGGGCGUCCGGGGAGAGCAUCGCGACGCUCUGGGGCGUCCGGGGAGAGCAUCGCGACGCUCUGGGGCGUCCGGGGAGAGCAUCGCGACGCUCUGGGGCGUCCGGGGAGAGCAUCGCGACGCUCUGGGGCGUCCGGGGAGAGCAUCGCGACGCUCUGGGGCGUCCGGGGAGAGCAUCGCGACGCUCUGGGGCGUCCGGGGAGAGCAUCGCGACGCUCUGGGGCGUCCGGGAGAGCAUCGCGACGCUCUGGGGCGUCCGGGGAGAGCAUCGCGACGCUCUUGGGCGUCCGGGGAGAGCAUCGCGACGCUCUGGGGCGUCCGGAGAGCAUCGCGACGCUCUGGGGCGUCCGGGGAGAGCAUCGCGACGCUCUGGGGCGUCCGGGGAGAGCAUCGCGACGCUCUGGGGCUGGGGCGUCCUGGGAGAGCAUCGCGACGCUCUGGGGCGUCCGGGGAGAGCAUCGCGACGCUCUGGGGCGUCCGGGGAGAGCAUCGCGACGCUCUGGGGCGUCCGGGGAGAGCAUCGCGACGCUCUGGGGCGUCCGGGGAGAGCAUCGCGACGCUCUGGGGCGUCCGGGAAGAGCAUCGCGACGCUCUGGGGCGUCCGGGAGAGCAUCGCGACGCUCUGGGGCGUCCGGGGAGAGCAUCGCGACGCUCUGGGGCGUCCGGGGAGAGCAUCGCGACGCUCUGGGGCGUCCGGGGAGAGCAUCGCGACGCUCUGGGGCGUCCGGGGAGAGCAUCGCGACGCUCUGGGGCGUCCGGGGAGAGCAUCGCGACGCUCUGGGGCGUCCGGGGAGAGCAUCGCGACGCUCUGGGGCGUCCGGGGAGAGCAUCGCGACGCUCUGGGGCGUCCGGGGAGAGCAUCGCGACGCUCUGGGGCGUCCGGGAGAGCAUCGCGACGCUCUGGGGCGUCCGGGGAGAGCAUCGCGACGCUCUGGGGCGUCCGGGGAGAGCAUCGCGACGCUCUGGGGCGUCCGGGAGAGCAUCGCGACGCUCUGGGGCGUCCGGGGAGAGCAUCGCGACGCUCUGGGGCGUCCGGGGAGAGCAUCGCGACGCUCUGGGGCGUCCGGGGAGAGCAUCGCGACGCUCUGGGGCGUCCGGGAGAGCAUCGCGACGCUCUGGGGCGUCCGGGGAGAGCAUCGCGACGCUCUGGGGCGUCCGGGGAGAGCAUCGCGACGCUCUGGGGCGUCCGGGGAGAGCAUCGCGACGCUCUGGGGCGUCGGGGAGAGCAUCGCGACGCUCUGGGCGUCCGGGGAGAGCAUCGCGACGCUCUGGGGCGUCCGGGGAGAGCAUCGCGACGCUCUGGGGCGUCCGGGGAGAGCAUCGCGACGCUCUGGGGCGUCCGGGGAGCAUCGCGACGCUCUGGGGCGUCCGGGGAGAGCAUCGCGACGCUCUGGGGCGUCCGGAGAGCAUCGCGACGCUCUGGGGCGUCCGGGGAGAGCAUCGCGACGCUCUGGGGCGUCGGGGAGAGCAUCGCGACGCUCUGGGGCGUCCGGGAGAGCAUCGCGACGCUCUGGGGCGUCCGGGGAGAGCAUCGCGACGCUCUGGGGCGUCCGGGGAGAGCAUCGCGACGCUCUGGGGCGUCCGGGAGAGCAUCGCGCUGCUCUGGGGCUGGGGCUCCGGGGAGAGCAUCGCGACGCUCUGGGGCGUCCGGGGAGAGCAUCGCGACGCUCUGGGGCGUCCGGGGAGAGCAUCGCGACGCUCUGGGGCGUCCGGGGAGAGCAUCGCGACGCUCUGGGGCGUCCGGGGAGAGCAUCGCGACGCUCUGGGGCGUCGGGGAGAGCAUCGCGACGCUCUGGGGCGUCCGGGGGAGAGCAUCGCGACGCUCUGGGGCGUCCGGGGAGAGCAUCGCGACGCUCUGGGGCGUCCGGGGAGAGCAUCGCGACGCUCUGGGGCGUCCGGGGAGAGCAUCGCGACGCUCUGGGGCGUCCGGGGAGAGCAUCGCGACGCUCUGGGGCCCGGGGAGAGCAUCGCGACGCUCUGGGGCGUCCGGGGAGAGCAUCGCGACGCUCUGGGGCGUCCGGGGAGAGCAUCGCGACGCUCUGGGGCGUCCGGGGAGAGCAUCGCGACGCUCUGGGGCGUCCGGGGAGAGCAUCGCGACGCUCUGGGGCGUCCGGGGAGAGCAUCGCGACGCUCUGGGGCGUCUGGGGAGAGCAUCGCGACGCUCUGGGGCGUCCGGGGAGAGCAUCGCGACGCUCUGGGGCGUCUGGGAGAGCAUCGCGACGCUCUGGGGCGUCCGGGGAGAGCAUCGCGACGCUCUGGGGCGUCCGGGGAGAGCAUCGCGACGCUCUGGGGCGUCCGGGGAGAGCAUCGCGACGCUCUGGGGCGUCGCGGGAGAGCAUCGCGACGCUCUGGGGCGUCCGGGGAGAGCAUCGCGACGCUCUGGGGCGUCCGGGGAGAGCAUCGCGACGCUCUGGGGCGUCCGGGGAGAGCAUCGCGACGCUCUGGGGCGUCCGGGGAGAGCAUCGCGACGCUCUGGGGCGUCCGGGGAGAGCAUCGCGACGCUCUGGGGCGUCCGGGGAGAGCAUCGCGACGCUCUGGGGCGUCCGGGGAGAGCAUCGCGACGCUCUGGGGCGUCCGGGGAGAGCAUCGCGACGCUCUGGGGCGUCCGGGGAGAGCAUCGCGACGCUCUGGGGCGUCCGGGGAGAGCAUCGCGACGCUCUGGGGCGUCCGGGGAGAGCAUCGCGACGCUCUGGGGCGUCCGGGAGAGCAUCGCGACGCUCUGGGGCGUCCGGGGAGAGCAUCGCGACGCUCUGGGGCGUCCGGGGAGAGCAUCGCGACGCUCUGGGCGUCCGGGAGAGCAUCGCGACGCUCUGGGCGUCCGGGGAGAGCAUCGCGACGCUCUGGGGCGUCCGGGGAGAGCAUCGCGACGCUCUGGGGCGUCCGGGAGAGCAUCGCGACGCUCUGGGGCGUCCGGGGAGAGCAUCGCGACGCUCUGGGGCGUCCGGGGAGAGCAUCGCGACGCUCUGGGGCGUCGGGGAGAGCAUCGCGACGCUCUGGGGCGUCCGGGGAGAGCAUCGCGACGCUCUGGGGCGUCCGGGGAGAGCAUCGCGACGCUCUGGGGCGUCCGGGGAGAGCAUCGCGACGCUCUGGGGCGUCGGGGAGAGCAUCGCGACGCUCUGGGGCGUCCGGGGAGAGCAUCGCGACGCUCUGGGGCGUGGGGAGAGCAUCGCGACGCUCUGGGGCGUCCGGGGAGAGCAUCGCGACGCUCUGGGGCGUCCGGGGAGAGCAUCGCGACGCUCUGGGGCGUCCGGGGAGAGCAUCGCGACGCUCUGGGGCGUCCGGGGAGAGCAUCGCGACGCUCUGGGGGUCCGGGAGAGCAUCGCGACGCUCUGGGGCGUCCGGGAAGAGCAUCGCGACGCUCUGGGGCGUCCGGGGAGAGCAUCGCGACGCUCUGGGGCGUCCGGGGAGAGCAUCGCGACGCUCUGGGGCGUCCGGGAGAGCAUCGCGACGCUCUGGGGCGUCCGGGGAGAGCAUCGCGACGCUCUGGGGCGUCCGGGGAGAGCAUCGCGACGCUCUGGGGCGUCCGGGAGAGCAUCGCGACGCUCUGGGGCGUCCGGGAGAGCAUCGCGACGCUCUGGGGCGUCCGGGGAGAGCAUCGCGACGCUCUGGGGCGUCCGGGGAGAGCAUCGCGACGCUCUGGGGCGUCCGGGGAGAGCAUCGCGACGCUCUGGGGCGUCCGGGGAGAGCAUCGCGACGCUCUGGGGCGUCCGGGGAGAGCAUCGCGACGCUCUGGGGCGUCCGGGGAGAGCAUCGCGACGCUCUGGGGCGUCCGGGAGAGCAUCGCGACGCUCUGGGGCGUCCGGGGAGAGCAUCGCGACGCUCUGGGGCGUCCGGGGAGAGCAUCGCGACGCUCUGGGGCGUCCGGGAGAGCAUCGCGACGCUCUGGGGCGUCCGGGGAGAGCAUCGCGACGCUCUGGGCGUCCGGGGAGAGCAUCGCGACGCUCUGGGGCGUCCGGGGAGAGCAUCGCGACGCUCUGGGGCGUCCGGGAGAGCAUCGCGACGCUCUGGGGCGUCCGGGGAGAGCAUCGCGACGCUCUGGGGCGUCCGGAGAGCAUCGCGACGCUCUGGGGCGUCCGGGGAGAGCAUCGCGACGCUCUGGGGCGUCCGGGGAGAGCAUCGCGACGCUCUGGGGCGUCCGGGGAGAGCAUCGCGACGCUCUGGGGCGUCCGGGGAGAGCAUCGCGACGCUCUGGGGCGUCCGGGGAGAGGCGAGCUCUGGGGCGGGGAGAGCAUCGCGACGCUCUGGGGCGUCCGGGGAGAGCAUCGCGACGCUCUGGGGCGUCCGGGAGAGCAUCGCGACGCUCUGGGGCGUCCGGGGAGAGCAUCGCGACGCUCUGGGGCGUCCGGGGAGAGCAUCGCGACGCUCUGGGGCGUCCGGGGAGAGCAUCGCGACGCUCUGGGGCGUCCGGGGAGAGCAUCGCGACGCUCUGGGGCGUCCGGGGAGAGCAUCGCGACGCUCUGGGGCGUCCGGGGAGAGCAUCGCGACGCUCUGGGGCGUCCGGGGAGAGCAUCGCGACGCUCUGGGGCGUCCGGGGAGAGCAUCGCGACGCUCUGGGGCGUCCGGGAGAGCAUCGCGACGCUCUGGGGCGUCCGGGGAGAGCAUCGCGACGCUCUGGGGCGUCCGGGGAGAGCAUCGCGACGCUCUGGGGCGUCCGGGGAGAGCAUCGCGACGCUCUGGGGCGUCCGGGGAGAGCAUCGCGACGCUCUGGGGCGUCCGGGAGAGCAUCGCGACGCUCUGGGGCGUCCGGGGAGAGCAUCGCGACGCUCUGGGGCGUCCGGGGAGAGCAUCGCGACGCUCUGGGGCGUCCGGGAGAGCAUCGCGACGCUCUGGGGCGUCCGGGGAGAGCAUCGCGACGCUCUGGGGCGUCCGGGGAGAGCAUCGCGACGCUCUGGGGCGUCCGGGGAGAGCAUCGCGACGCUCUGGGGGGCGUCCGGGGAGAGCAUCGCGACGCUCUGGGGCGUCCGGGGAGAGCAUCGCGACGCUCUGGGGCGUCCGGGAGAGCAUCGCGACGCUCUGGGGCGUCCGGGGAGAGCAUCGCGACGCUCUGGGGCGUCCGGGGAGAGCAUCGCGACGCUCUGGGGCGUCCGGGGAGAGCAUCGCGACGCUCUGGGGCGUCCGGGGAGAGCAUCGCGACGCUCUGGGGCGUCCGGGGAGAGCAUCGCGACGCUCUGGGGCGUCUGGGGAGAGCAUCGCGACGCUCUGGGGCGUCCGGGAGAGCAUCGCGACGCUCUGGGGCGUCCGGGGAGAGCAUCGCGACGCUCUGGGGCGUCCGGGGAGAGCAUCGCGACGCUCUGGGGCGUCCGGGGAGAGCAUCGCGACGCUCUGGGGCGUCCGGGGAGAGCAUCGCGACGCUCUGGGGCGUCCGGGGAGAGCAUCGCGACGCUCUGGGGCGUCCGGGGAGAGCAUCGCGACGCUCUGGGGCGUCCGGGGAGAGCAUCGCGACGCUCUGGGGCGUCCGGGAGAGCAUCGCGACGCUCUGGGGCGUCCGGGAGAGCAUCGGGGGGGGGGACGACGCUCUGGGCGUCCGGGGAGAGCAUCGCGACGCUCUGGGGCGUCCGGGGAGAGCAUCGCGACGCUCUGGGGCGUCCGGGGAGAGCAUCGCGACGCUCUGGGGCGUCCGGGGAGAGCAUCGCGACGCUCUGGGGCGUCCGGGGAGAGCAUCGCGACGCUCUGGGGCGUCCGGGAGAGCAUCGCGACGCUCUGGGGCGUCCGGGGAGAGCAUCGCGACGCUCUGGGGCGUCCGGGGAGAGCAUCGCGACGCUCUGGGGCGUCCGGGGAGAGCAUCGCGACGCUCUCUGGGGCGUCGGGGAGAGCAUCGCGACGCUCUGGGGCGUCCGGGGAGAGCAUCGCGACGCUCUGGGGCGUCCGGGGAGAGCAUCGCGACGCUCUGGGGCGUCCGGGGAGAGCAUCGCGACGCUCUGGGGCGUCCGGGGAGAGCAUCGCGACGCUCUGGGGCGUCCGGGGAGAGCAUCGCGACGCUCUGGGGCGUCCGGGGAGAGCAUCGCGACGCUCUGGGGCGUCCGGGAGAGCAUCGCGACGCUCUGGGGCGUCCGGGGAGAGCAUCGCGACGCUCUGGGGCGUCCGGGGAGAGCAUCGCGACGCUCUGGGGCGUCCGGGGAGAGCAUCGCGACGCUCUGGGGCGUCCGGGAGAGCAUCGCGACGCUCUGGGGCGUCGGGGAGAGCAUCGCGACGCUCUGGGGCGUCCGGGAGAGCAUCGCGACGCUCUGGGGCGUCCGGGAGAGCAUCGCGACGCUCUGGGGCGUCCGGGGAGAGCAUCGCGACGCUCUGGGGCGUCCGGGGAGAGCAUCGCGACGCUCUGGGGCGUCCGGGGAGAGCAUCGCGACGCUCUGGGGCGUCCAGGGAGAGCAUCGCGACGCUCUGGGGCGUCCGGGGAGAGCAUCGCGACGCUCUGGGGCGUCCGGGGAGAGCAUCGCGACGCUCUGGGGCGUCGGGAGAGCAUCGCGACGCUCUGGGGCGUCCGGGGAGAGCAUCGCGACGCUCUGGGGCGUCCGGGGAGAGCAUCGCGACGCUCUGGGGCGUCCGGGAGAGCAUCGCGACGCUCUGGGGCGUCCGGGGAGAGCAUCGCGACGCUCUGGGGCGUCCGGGGAGAGCAUCGCGACGCUCUGGGGCGUCCGGGGAGGCCAUCGCGACGCUCUGGGGCGUCCGGGGAGAGCAUCGCGACGCUCUGGGGCGUCCGGGGAGAGCAUCGCGACGCUCUGGGGCGUCCGGGGAGAGCAUCGCGACGCUCUGGGGCGUCCGGGGAGAGCAUCGCGACGCUCUGGGGCGUCCGGGAGAGCAUCGCGACGCUCUGGGGCGCGUCCGGGGAGAGCAUCGCGACGCUCUGGGCGUCCGGGGAGAGCAUCGCGACGCUCUGGGGCGUCCGGGGAGAGCAUCGCGACGCUCUGGGGCGUCCUGGGGAGAGCAUCGCGACGCUCUGGGGCGUCCGGGGAGAGCAUCGCGACGCUCUGGGGCGUCCGGGGAGAGCAUCGCGACGCUCUGGGGCGUCCGGGGAGAGCAUCGCGACGCUCUUCUGGGGCGUCCGGGGAGAGCAUCGCGACGCUCUGGGGCGUCCGGGGAGAGCAUCGCGACGCUCUGGGGCGUCCGGGAGAGCAUCGCGACGCUCUGGGGCGUCCGGGAGAGCAUCGCGACGCUCUGGGGCGUCCGGGGAGAGCAUCGCGACGCUCUGGGGCGUCCGGGGAGAGCAUCGCGACGCUCUGGGGCGUCCGGGGAGAGCAUCGCGACGCUCUGGGGCGUCCGGGGAGAGCAUCGCGACGCUCUGGGGCGUCCGGGAGAGCAUCGCGACGCUCUGGGGCGUCCGGGGAGAGCAUCGCGACGCUCUGGGGCGUCCGGGGAGCAUCGCGACGCUCUGGGGCGUCCGGGGAGAGCAUCGCGACGCUCUGGGGCGUCCGGGGAGAGCAUCGCGACGCUCUGGGGCGUCCGGGGAGAGCAUCGCGACGCUCUGGGGCGUCCGGGGAGAGCAUCGCGACGCUCUGGGGCGUCCGAGGAGAGCAUCGCGACGCUCUGGGGCGUCCGGGGAGAGCAUCGCGACGCUCUGGGGCGUCCGGGGAGAGCAUCGCGACGCUCUGGGGCGGCUGGGGAGAGCAUCGCGACGCUCUGGGGCGUCCGGGGAGAGCAUCGCGACGCUCUGGGGCGUCCGGGGAGAGCAUCGCGACGCUCUGGGGCGUCCGGGGAGAGCAUCGCGACGCUCUGGGGCGUCCGGGGAGAGCAUCGCGACGCUCUGGGGCGUCCGGGGAGAGCAUCGCGACGCUCUGGGGCGUCCGAGGGAGAGCAUCGCGACGCUCUGGGGCGUCCGGGAGAGCAUCGCGACGCUCUGGGGCGUCCGGGGAGAGCAUCGCGACGCUCUGGGGCGUCCGGGGAGAGCAUCGCGACGCUCUGGGGCGUCCGGGGAGAGCAUCGCGACGCUCUGGGGCGUCCGGGGAGAGCAUCGCGACGCUCUGGGGCGUCCGGGGAGAGCAUCGCGACGCUCUGGGGCGUCCGGGGAGAGCAUCGCGACGCUCUGGGGCGUCCGGGGAGAGCAUCGCGACGCUCUGGGGCGUCCGGGAGAGCAUCGCGACGCUCUGGGGCGUCCGGGGAGAGCAUCGCGACGCUCUGGGGCGUCCGGGGAGAGCAUCGCGACGCUCUGGGGCGUCCGGGGAGAGCAUCGCGACGCUCUGGGGCGUCGGGGAGAGCAUCGCGACGCUCUGGGGCGUCGGGGAGAGCAUCGCGACGCUCUGGGGCGUCCGGGGAGAGCAUCGCGACGCUCUGGGGGGGCGUCCGGGGAGAGCAUCGCGACGCUCUGGGGCGUCCGGGGAGAGCAUCGCGACGCUCUGGGGCGUCCGGGAGAGCAUCGCGACGCUCUGGGGCGUCCGGGAGAGCAUCGCGACGCUCUGGGGCGUCCGGGGAGAGCAUCGCGACGCUCUGGGGCGUCCGGGGAGAGCAUCGCGACGCUCUGGGGCGUCCGGGGAGAGCAUCGCGACGCUCUGGGGCGUCCGGGGAGAGCAUCGCGACGCUCUGGGGCGUCCGGGGAGAGCAUCGCGACGCUCUGGGGCGUCCGGGAGAGCAUCGCGACGCUCUGGGGCGUCCGGGGAGAGCAUCGCGACGCUCUGGGGCGUCCGGGGAGAGCAUCGCGACGCUCUGGGGCGUCCGGGGAGAGCAUCGCGACGCUCUGGGGCGUCCGGGGAGAGCAUCGCGACGCUCUGGGGCGUCCGGGAGAGCAUCGCGACGCUCUGGGGCGUCCGGGGAGAGCAUCGCGACGCUCUGGGGCGUCCGGGAGAGCAUCGCGACGCUCUGGGGCGUCCGGGAGAGCAUCGCGACGCUCUGGGGCGUCCGGGGAGAGCAUCGCGACGCUCUGGGGCGUCCGGGGAGAGCAUCGCGACGCUCUGGGGCGUCCGGGGAGAGCAUCGCGACGCUCUGGGGCGUCGGGGAGAGCAUCGCGACGCUCUGGGGCGUCCGGGAGAGCAUCGCGACGCUCUGGGGCGUCCGGGAGAGCAUCGCGACGCUCUGGGGCGUCCGGGAGAGCAUCGCGACGCUCUGGGGCGUCCGGGGAGAGCAUCGCGACGCUCUGGGGCGUCCGGGGAGAGCAUCGCGACGCUCUGGGGCGUCCGGGGAGCAUCGCGACGCUCUGGGGCGUCCGGGGAGAGCAUCGCGACGCUCUGGGGCGUCCGGGGAGAGCAUCGCGACGCUCUGGGGCGUCCGGGAGAGCAUCGCGACGCUCUGGGGCGUCCGGGGAGAGCAUCGCGACGCUCUGGGGCGUCCGGGGAGAGCAUCGCGACGCUCUGGGGCGUCCGGGGAGAGCAUCGCGACGCUCUGGGGCGUCCGGGGAGAGCAUCGCGACGCUCUGGGGCGUCCGGGGAGAGCAUCGCGACGCUCUGGGGCGUCCGGGGAGAGCAUCGCGACGCUCUGGGGCGUCCGGGAGAGCAUCGCGACGCUCUGGGGCGUCCGGGAGAGCAUCGCGACGCUCUGGGGCGUCCGGGGAGAGCAUCGCGACGCUCUGGGGCGUCCGGGAGAGCAUCGCGACGCUCUGGGGCGUCCGGGGAGAGCAUCGCGACGCUCUGGGGCGUCCGGGGAGCAUCGCGACGCUCUGGGGCGUCCGGGGAGAGCAUCGCGACGCUCUGGGGCGUCCGGGAGAGAGCAUCGCGACGCUCUGGGGCGUCCGGGGAGAGCAUCGCGACGCUCUGGGGCGUCCGGGAGAGCAUCGCGACGCUCUGGGGCGUCCGGGGGAGCAUAUCGCGACGCUCUGGGGCGUCCGGGGAGAGCAUCGCGACGCUCUGGGGCGUCCGGGGAGAGAGCAGGGGGGGCGUCCAUAGCGACGCUCUGGGGCGUCCGGGGAGAGCAUCGCGACGCUCUGGGGCGUCCGGGGAGAGAGCAUCGCGACGCUCUGGGGCGUCCGGGGAGAGCAUCGCGACGCUCUGGGGCGUCCGGGGAGAGCAUCGCGACGCUCUGGGGCGUUCGGGAGAGCAUCGCGACGCUCUGGGGCGUCCGGGGAGAGCAUCGCGACGCUCUGGGGCGUCCGGGGAGAGCAUCGCGACGCUCUGGGGCGUCCGGGGAGAGCAUCGCGACGCUCUGGGGC